GUCAGGCCGAGGAGGGGCAGCACUGAGGCACAGAGAAGGGCGUCAUGGCGGGCAAAUCAAAAGAACAGCAACUCUCUCUGAGUGUUUACAACAGCCUUCGGAGUCUGUCCUGUCCCUCAGUGGACGGUCUGUACCUGAGAGAAGCAAGCAGCAUGCAGGAGCUUCUCUGCACGCCUUCAUUACACCGCAUGGACAUACUGAAAUGGAUUUGUGUCCGGAUCUGUCCAUCCCUGAGAGACAAGUUCUCAACUAUCAAGUCUUCAGAGACAGAAGAAGUGGCAAAAGAAAUCACACGGUUUGGUCAUGAACUGCUGUUAUGUAAAGCUGAUGAUCAGGAGUUAAUCGCGGGUUUUGCCUCACCUUUACAUCAGCUUUUGUUUUUGGAACAGCUUUUAAUGAUUGUAGAACAGCAGGACACACCAUCAGAUGGUGUGCACAGUGAGUCCUCUGGAGGAGGCAGCAUAACAAAUGAGGAUCUGCUGAAGGAGCUGAUGUCACCUGACCACCUGACUGACCUGAUCCAGCUGAUGAAUCCUGUGUGCAAUCCCUGGUCUGCUCACAUCCAGGAGUACCUCAAAGCCAGACAAGCGACUUGGGCUAAGGCGAACGGCAAUAAAACUGAUGAGAGUCCUCAUGAUUCAGGAUGUGGUACACUGAACAACGACAAUAUAGCUGAAGCUACUGCUCUGCUGCGGUCCACUCUGUGUACAUUGGAGGAGCUGCGUAAAGAAUGUGAGUUCCUGUAUUUGGAACAGUCUGGCCCUGCAGCCUCGUUGUCACCCUGCGCUUUGAAAGUUGCUAUAUCAGACAUGGCUCAGCUUAUGACUGCCUUCAGUCAGGUCUACAACACCGACUUCAGGGGCUACUGCCAGAGAUCACCUCCUGUCCUUAAUCCAAACACAAGUGUCUUUCAGUCUGCACAUCAACUCCUGCACCACUGCAACAUGGAAUUAGAAGCACUGCAGCAGCUGUCUGAGAUUUCAUCCAGUCUGACCGAGAUGGUGAAGCAGAUACAGACAGGCAGGCAGUUUUGGGCCAAUGGAGAGAAACAUACAUUGCCCAACCAACUGGAGGCCAUGAAGAAUAAAUUCACUGCGUCUUUUGUCUCUUCGUGAAUCAUGAAUAUUUUUAUCGUUACAAUACUCUGACGAUUCGGAGAUCUCAUUUUCCUCAUAGUUUUUAAAAAUCUGUUUCUACAGUUUCCCCAAUGUAUUUCCCUCAUGUAAAUAUUUCAUAUGAACUACUAGCUCACCUUAUUUUACUCCAAACUAUUUUAUUGCUAAUAUACCCUGCUGUAAAUAAAAAUAAAUAAUUUAUAACAAA